AAGACCCCAAAGAAGUAAAUACAUUUAAAUGUGGAGUCUCAUCGACUGAAAGUCAUUGUACGAUGACUUCAUGUACAAGUUUUACUUUCUUAUCUUUUGUAUUUUUGCGCGAACUUCAUAAUCGCACAGCCCACUAGAGGUACCUAAAGGUCAUGAGAAAUGAUUGUAAGCAGAAGCAUGCCGGCUACACAUAUUUGUGAUAGUAUGCAGAAACUGUUGUAAAGUCCCUUCAGUCGCUGGUAUCGCUUCACAACCGGUUAUGUUAGAGAGAUUGCUGCGCACAACAAGAUCUGAAAGUUGCAAAGGAGCGAAAGGAACAGCAGACGGCUCUCGAGGAGAAUGGGCACAGUACAUGCAAAGUCAUUUGAAAGCCACGAAUCGGAGCAGCUUGAUGUUCCACUUGAAAGCAUAAAAGCUCGGGUAGACAAGGUAUUCAUCGAUGGUGUCAUUCGAACAAAGGAUGACAUUCUUCAAAAGGCUGUCAAAGAUCUAUUUUUUGCCAAGGAUUUUCAGGAGGUUAUAUUAAGGACCAGAGAUGUUAGGAAGCAGCUAGAAACCCUCGGAGCCUUCAAGCAAAUAGCGGUAGCAAUAGACACCAGCACUGGACCAGAGUCAAGCCCACAUGGAUUGGAAGUUACUUUUAAAGUUCAAGAGGUUAAACGAAUUGUUGGUGGGAUCAACACAUUAGUUGGAAACAAUGAAGGCAGCAUGGUUGUGGGGAUCAAGUUCCCAAACACUUGGGGGAGAGGGGAAUUUGUGCAGACAGAAUACCACUACGGCACCAAGCAUGCCAGCGGUUUCAACGUAACAGUCAGCAAACCUUUCCUUGGAUGGCUCAAUCCAAGGGUAACUGGAGCUGUAUUCCAGCAGGGAGCCGAUUUCACUUGGAGUGGUUUCCGGCAGGUCGACAGGGGAGUGCUCUCGGAACUAAUGUUUGAAUCCACGCUGGGUGUACAUCACAGCUUGAGGUGGGAAGCUAUCUGGAGAGAGCUCUCCGCAUUGACUCCCACCAUUCCUUUCGUCAUACGGGAAGAAAUGGGACAUUCUUUGAAAUCUUCUCUCAAGCACAUAGUAACUGUGGAUCGACGCAACAAUCCUAUUCUUCCUCAAGAAGGGUCUUACUUCAGGUUGCAUCAGGAACUGGCUGGAGUUGGUGGUGACGUUGGCUUCCUGAAGAACGAGGUUGAGUACCAGCUCAACAUCCCCAUCAACAGCGACUUUGUUCUUCAGGGCACUUGCCUGGCGGGUCACAUGAUGGGAUUUGGCCACAACAAGACAUUCAACAUCUGCGACCGCUUCUUCCUCGGUGGCCCCCUCAACGUACGCGGUUUCCAGCAGAGGGGGGUCGGACCACAAGUUGAGGGCCACUCUGUAGGUGGAGCUGUUUACUGGGCAGGAGGGCUUCACCUGUACACACCCCUGCCUUUCCGACCUGGGAAAGGCGGCAUAGGCGAAUAUUUCCGUCUGCACGCCUUCGCCAAUGCUGGCAAUCUGGGAGACUUCAAGUUGACGGAAGACGUCAAGCACAGUCUGGAAGUGCUCAUGCACAACAUGAGGUGGUCAGUCGGGGCUGGGCUGGUCUUAUCGGUGGGUCAUCUUGCGAGGUUUGAGCUGAAUUACUGUGUCCCCAUGAAAGCCGAAUCUACUGACAGGCUACACCCAGGAUUGCAGUUUGGCGUAGGAGUAUCAUUCAUGUAGGAGCUUUGCUGCUAGUCUGACAGCUAGCCCAUAAAAGGAAAGGAUUCCUUGAAGACACUAGCCCCCUUUUGCAGGAAAACACAAAAUGACAUUAAAAACCUGUUGUUGCUUCAAUGAACCCAAACAAUUGCACUGCCAAUAAUAAAGCAUUCACGUAGUA